CUUCGUUGUUCUGCAGCGGCUGCUUCUCCAUUGCAGGAGGUUGAAUCAGAGAAGAAGAAAAAAAAUGGCAACGCCACAAGUGAAGACUGGUUUGUUCGUUGGAUUGAACAAAGGACACGUCGUCACCAGACGCGAAUUGGCUCCUCGUCCUAACUCUCGUAAAGGGAAAACGAGCAAGAGGACAUUGUUUAUCAGAUCGCUGAUAAGGGAGGUUGCUGGAUUUGCUCCUUACGAGAAGAGAAUCACUGAGCUUCUCAAGGUUGGUAAAGACAAGAGGGCACUUAAGGUUGCUAAGAGGAAGUUGGGUACCCACAAGAGAGCCAAGAGGAAGAGAGAGGAGAUGUCUGGUGUUCUCCGCAAGAUGAGGUCUGGUGGUGGUGGUGUUACUGAGAAGAAGAAGUAAACGUCAUCAUAGUCUUCUGUUUUAUGGGAACUUUGUUAUUUUUGAAACUCGUUAAGUUUUGGUUCGCUCUUGCAAAUCAGCUUUAUGCCCGAAAACAUUUGUGUUGUGUCUUGUUAGGAAUGUGGAUUAAUUCUGUUCUGUUCUGUUUUCUCAUUAAGCUUUUUAAACUUUCGACUUUAAUCCCCAUGUUUUAUUCCUCUUUGUUCCGUUUUACUCAUAAUCAUAGUAAGGCCUAAUAAUCGUAGCCCAAUUCGACUUUGUGGCAUUGAGCUACGAAAAUCAAAUUUAGUUUGGGCCUCUUCAUGCUCGCUCCUUUGUAGAAUAUGAACUUCUAAAUAUGUUAUUGGGAACUUUUGAUUUCAAUAGAUGUGACUCUUCACUUGGAUAAUGGAUG